AUGACACCGGCUCCUGCACCGGCGAUUUAUGCAGCUCCUGAGCAGCAGCCCAUGACCUAUGCUGCGCCCGCUGCAGAGCUGAGCACGGUGAUGAGCUCACCGGCAAUUUACGCAGCACCGGAGCAACAGCCAAUGACCUACGCUGCACCUGCUGCCACUCUUCCAGCUAGUGCACCUGCUGCCAUUUAUGCAGCCCCUGAGCAGCAGCCAAUGACCUAUGCUGCCCCGGCCGCUGAACCGACCCCUGUGUCCGUCCCAGCCGCGCCAGCCAUUUAUGCAGCCCCGGCGGCAGCCCCCGAAAUCCCUCCGGUGUAUGCUGCACCGACCUCGUUUGCAUCUCCUGCCAUGGAGAUGCCAGCGGUGUAUGCCGCCCCAGCCAGCAUGGAAAUCCCAACCACGGUCACCUAUGCCCCGGUGCAGGGCUCAUCCCAAGCUGCCGCUCCGAUGACCUAUGCCGUGCAGGGCUCAUCCCAAGCUGCCGCUCCGAUGACCUGUGCCGUGCAGGGUUCAUCCCAGGCAGCAGCUCCAAUGACAUCUUCGGCCGCUGCCGCCGCUGCCGCACCGAUCCAGACCAGCGGCGUAGUCUAUUCCUCGCAGCCGCAGCCUGUGUCUUAUCCGACCUACACUUACACAGCGCAGCCUGCCCAGACCUAUAGCUAUCCGACCUACACUGCCCCGCCUCAGUAUACGUACACUACUGCUGCCGCCGCACCCACCUUUGUGCCCACCGUCGGCAGCCAGCCGUACACGUACACCUACGCUCCCCAAGCGGCCGCUCCGAUCGCAACAACCACUGUCGCUGGCGGAGACCUCUUCAGCCGCAUGGAUGUCAACAAUGAUGGAGUGGUCUCUCGUGAAGAGUUCGAGAAGGCUAUGAAGGCGGUGCCGUGA